CAGGCUAAUUUUCCUAACCUGAGGCGCCUCUUCAUUGAAGCAAGAACGGAUAAUGAAGAGCGAGAUGUUUCUCGGAGAGCCUUUUACAAUCUUGUUCUUUUUCUGGGUUCGGUUGCCGUUUUCAGCCUCAUUGCGCAAAGAAUGAAUGCACGUUGA